UCUCGUCUCGCGUCCACCGCCCGCGCCUAGCCCUCUCCUCGCGUGCCUCUCGCCUCCGGCGCCCCAGGCCGUGCUUGCCUGCCGCGCCCACCGCCGGUCCGCGCUCGCGCCUACACGGAGCAUCAGGAGUUCAGGCGCGGCGAACAGGGGGAAGAAGCAGCCAACCUCGCUCGCUACUCGCUAGCCUAGUCGGCGGUCGCCAUGGGGAUCGGCUACGUAGUGGGCGUUCUCGGCGGCGCCAUCCUCGCCCACGCCGCCUACGCCACCAUCCAGUACCGGGCGGUGCUCAAGAUCACGGAGGAGGAGUUCUCGCGGCCGCCCAUGGAUGUGAUGAUGGAGUUGCUCCUAGGGUUGGCUUUGUGCAUGUGGGCAGGUCUUGCUGUUCCAGCGAAAUUUCUCUCAGUGCUCCCACAUUCUGAGGAGAAUAGGAUCGUCUCGUUCCCGGCUAACCUGGAUUUCAUGAUCUUCAACCACCGGGGAAGAGCGCUGCCGUCAGACUCAGACCUGAAGCUCAAGACAUAGACAUGCCGUUCCAGAAUCCAGAUCUUGUUCCUUAUUUCCCUUGUAACCUGGAGGAGGUUCCAAUUUUGUGCCCGUUUGUUUAGGGGGGAAAGAACUUUUCCUGAAUUCAGAUCACAAGUAGCUUAUCUAUGCUGUAACUCGAUAAUUUGUGGCGUCUUAAUUUCUACUAUCUGUAUGGAGGUGAUUCAAGCUUUUGUUGUAUUCCGAGCAGAUCAAUCCUGUGAUUAAUCAGUAGCUUUUGUUA